UGAUUCCCAAAUCGGCUCACCCCAUUAAAAUGGAGUACGUAGUACUCCGUACAACUUUUUUAACGAACUCCCAAUUUAGCAAUAAAUACAAAAAGAUCCUAAAUCUUCGUUAAAAUUACAAAAAAUCAGUUGACCGGACUUCAACCGAAUUUCCCCAAUUUAGUUAAGUAAAAAACUGACGUCCACAGUCCCCUCUUUUCCAUUUCCCAAUUCAAAAACAAAUCACCCUUUUUGUCUCUUCUUAAUUUUUAUUUUUUAUUUUCAGUUUUCAAAAUCAAAUCAAAGAAGAAUGGAAAUGGAGAACAAAGCUGUUGAUGUGAAGAAAAACGACGCCGUUCCAAUUGAAUUACCUGCUCCACCUGGUUGGAAAAAGAGAUUCACUCCAAGAAAGAGCGGUACCCCUAGAAGGAAUGAUAUUGUAUUUGUUGCACCCGACGGCGAUGAAAUUAAGAAUAAGAGGCAACUGGACAAGUAUCUGAAAUCUCAUCCAGGAGGACCUCCUGCUUCUGAAUUUGAUUGGGGUACAGGUGACACUCCAAGACGAUCAUCUAGAUUGGGUGAAAAGUCUAAAGCAACUGAGUCACCAGAAAGUGAAACUCCCAGUAAGAGACCAAGGAAAUCAAGCUCCAAAAAAGGAGCUAAGGAGGAUGCUGGUGAGCAAGAAGCUGAGGGUGCUACCGAGAAAGAAACUGAGGGAAGUGCUGAACUUGCUAUGCCAGAUGCUGAGGAUCUAGAUGCCCAAGAUGUAGAUGCCUCUAAGGAGGUUCCCACCGAUGGAGAUAACAUAAAGGAUGAUGAGAAGAAGAACAAUGAUGGUGAGAUUGUCCCUGAGAAGCCUCCAGCAAGUGAAGAUAAGAUGGAAAUUGUGCCAGAAAAAGAAGCAGCGCUGGGUGAGGGAAACAUAGAGAAGCUGGAAAAUCAAGAAGCUGAAGAUAAGCCUCUGGAUAACAGCCUGCAAACUGACAAAAAACCGCUAACAUUGAAUGUGCUAGAGGAAAAUAAUAUCCAGAGUGAACCAGCUGGGACAGAUGCCUCAUCUCAUUCUGUUGAACUCAACAAGGAAACCUCAGCUAGACAAGAGGAAAGCGCAGAAGAAGCUCCCGCUGCAGAUGUACUGAAUGUGCUCGAGGAAAAUAAGAUAGAGAGUAAACCAGCUGAACUCAGCAAGGCAACCUCAGUUAGCCAAGAAAAAUCUGCAGAAGAAGCUCCUGCCGCUGCAGAUGCACUGGUUCAGAAUUCUAAUGAUGCUAAGGUAGAAGAAAACGAGCAGAUUGACAGGGAGAUUCCAAUUGAGGAGAUCAAUGGCAAAGAAGCGGCUGCAGUAGGUGUUAACAACUCUGUAGAGAACAAUUCUGUGCAGCAACAAGCCACCGUAGUUGACCAAGUCACCCCAAGUUAAUCUUUUGAUUAUUUAGGAUAAUACUUUGUGUAUCAUCUGGCCUUUAUUUCUUCUUGGCCCUGAUUUAGGUAACUGACAAACUACAAUAGGCGUCUCCUGCAUAUGUUUAGAAUUCUUAGCUACUGAUUCUGUAUUACAUUGUAUUGCUGUUGUUAUCAUCUGUAUUGUUCAACUUAUAUUCUAUUAGGGCCUCAUGAUUUCUUGAACUUUGACAUAAAAAACAAUGGCCUUCCCAAAUUGCUCUAUUAAUGAAUGCAAGCUGUUAUGGUGUUUUCUCGAAA